AAAAUAAACAUCUUAACAAUAAAAUUUUUAAAAGGUAAUAACCACCACAGGUUUAAAAUUAAGUGAGCUAUUCUGUAACAUAACUGCAUAGCAUGAUCCCUACAAUGAAACAAAAUUAUAGAGUUUUUCUAAAAUCCAGACCUGGAAUCAAUGGUGUUCCAGUGGCAAGUAAUUUCGCAUUGGAAAAGACCGUUUGGCCAACAUUACCACUUGAAAAUGAGGUACUGGUUCAAACUUUAUAUUUAAGUGUUGAUCCAUAUAUGAGGUGUCGUAUGAAUGAAGAUAGUGGGGUAGAAUAUACUAAAGCUUGGAGUUUGGGGGGUACAAUCACUGGUGGUGGAAUUGGAGUUGUAUGUGUCAGUUCAUGUGACGGGUUUAAACGGGGAGAUAUUGUGAUGACAGCGGGAUUUGAUUGGCCAUGGGUAAAUUACCACAAUUUUCCAGGAGAAAUACUUAAAGUGGUAACUGAAGUCCCUAAAGAACAGUUGUCAAUGAUGUUGGGACUAUUUGGCUUAACCGGUCUCACUGGCUGCUUAGGUGUGACAGAAAAAGGUAAUAUUGUACCAGGUAUGAAUCAAACAGUAGUGGUUAGUGGAGCAGCGGGUGCAUGUGGUUCGGUGGCAGGACAGGUGGCAAAGAUAAAAGGAUGUGGAAAACUAGUUGGAAUUUGUGGUACCGAGACAAAAUGCAAGUUUUUAACAGAAGAGUUAGGAUUUGAUGCUGCUAUUUGCUACAGAUCUCAAAAUGUUGCUGAUAAUCUAUCUUCAAUCUGUCCAAAUGGAGUGGACGUGUAUUUUGAUAAUGUUGGCGGUGAAAUUAGUAAUUCUGUUAUCACCUGCAUGAACAAAAGUGCAUGUAUUAUACUGUGUGGUCAAAUUUCUGUGUACAAUGAAGAUAAGCCAUACCCGCCUCCUCUGAGAGAAGAAACUGAGAGUUUUGUGAAGAAACAAAGAAUUUCUAGGGAUAGGUUUCUCGUUUUAAACUACCAAAACAAAUUUGGUGAGACUUUGGAAUUUCUCCAAGCCUCCUUCAAAGCUGGCAAAUUAAUUAACAAAGAAACAACAGUACAUGGGCUAGAAAAUGCAGGGAUUGCCUUUAUUGAUAUGAUGAACGGUCAGAACAUUGGAAAACAGAUCGUAAAAGUGUCGGAAUUGGUGUAAACAAUUAUAAGCGCAAAAUUAAUUUCAACUGAUUAUGACCGCUUACAACCACCUCCAAUUGAUUAUUAAUCUGCAAUGUUUGAAUGUUGUAAUUUAGGUUUGUGAAACAAUGCAGAAUUUAAAUACUUCAGAAAACACCAGCACAGACUACAGUGCAUUCUCACUAACAUAGCAAAUAUUCUCAACUGUUUAUUAAUUAUUCCAAUGCUUUGUUCAUUGGCAUAGCAAACAACAUAAGAACAACUGUUUACAACACAUGUUGUCUUGCAACAAAAACAUGAUUUAGUGUUUAGUCCUAAUAUUCUUCGAUUUUAGAUUAAUUAGGGUAG